GCCCUUUUUACACUUGAUUUAUUGAUCAUUGAUAAUAGUAAUAAUAAUAAUGAAAUGGGAUAAAUUUUUAUUCAGUUGGAAUACUCCAUAUGUAAUGCAAACUUGGCAUAGAGAUUACUUAUCAUCCUCAUCAUUGAAAGCCCCCAUCAGUAGAUUGAUUCGUUUCUAUUCAAAAUUAUAUCCUAUGAAUAUGAAUAGUGUUAGUAGUGCUAACGCUACCACUGUUACUGCUAAUCUGGGUGACGGUGCCAGUCGUAGUAUGAAUCAGAAUAAGAAACUAUCGACUGCUAGUUUAUUUCAAGUAUCCAAAGUAUCACCACCGUCAUCAUCAUCAUCACCAUCAUCGUUCUCCUCAACACUUAGAAAUCGUCAACAGACUAAUUUUGGACUGGGACUUUUUCAUCCUAAGAAGAAGCGUUUAGACAAAGAUGCUGUCAGUGUCAAACAAUCUGGUUUCCUCAAUAUCUCCGGUUAUGGUUUUGCUCAAUUUACUGAUUUAAAAAUGUUACAUUCUUAUUUAUCAAAACUUGACAUGUACAAAUUUCCAGUAUUACCAUCAGAAUUAUCAUCUGAAGUAUUAUUAGUUUCACAGUUGAAUAAUUCGUAUAGUGAAUGUAAUACUACUGUAAAUAUAUGGGAUGCAUUUAUUUUCAAUAAUGGUGUGGCUGUAUUUUGGAAUAUGCCUGAAGAGAAUCAUCUGCCAUUUUUGAGACAAUUUCGAGAAUUCAGUCAAGGAUUUUUAGAUGAUAAAUUCAUUGAACGUGAAGAUUUACAAUAUUGUUUAACUAAUGAUGAAACGCGUAUUGUUGGAGAAGAUAUUUACUUACAGACUGCAUCAUUGGAACAUUUAACAGAGUGUCCACAGUUGCCUCAAUCAGUGGAUACACAAAAAGAUUUUGCUACACAAGACAAUUUAUCAAAUUUGGAGUUGACGCCUGUAAUUGAUAAUACACUAUUGCAGAAAUUUGCAUUUUCUGAUGCUUUAGCUCUAUCAGUUAAACUUUCCCUUUUGGAGAAUGCAUUCGAUACUGCAGUGAUUGAAAUUGAGCCAUGGAUUGAGAAAAUGAAAACAGGUCAUGGUGCUGGAUUUCGUCAGUCUGCAGUUCUCAGGAAAACCGGUGAAUUAUAUACCAUAAAACAUUUGUUGAACGUGAGUACAAGUUUAAUAGAAACACCAGAUUUCUACUGGGAAAGACCAGAAGUUGAGAAGUUAUUUGAAAAGCUGAAAAGUGUAUUAACUAUCUCAUCUAGAAUAAGGGUAUUAAAUUCUCGUUUGGAUAUGUGUAAUGAAUUGACAUCCCUUGUAACCAAUCAUCUACGCUCGAUUCAUUCAACCCGUUUAGAAUGGAUGAUAAUUAUUUUAAUUCUUGUUGAAGUUGUUUUUGAAGCUCUGAAUUAUUAUGAUAAAAAAAAACAAAAGUCAUACUAAUUAAUUAAUUCAUAUAAAGAAUAAUGCAUAAAGACAAAAUAUAAAUGUAUAUGUAUUCACAAAAACAUUAAAUUAGUACACAUCUAUCAUUGAUGAAUGGAAUGGAAUGCAAUGUCGAUGUUAAUUUUUGUAUGAAGAAAUUCUAUCAUCAUCUAUUUACCACCUACCUUCUUUACUUUUCAUAUCCUUAAUCUCUUUUAUCAUGUCUUAUAAUGGGGAUGAUAUAUACAUACAUACAUGAAGUUUAUCUUGUUUCAAUUUCCAUUUAUAUUAUGCUAGAUUGAAAUUACGUGCACAUAUAUAUAAUUGAAUUAUGUUGUGUUAUUUGAAUGACUAUGACUGUCG